UUACAGACAGUACUGGUAGUAGUAAUAGUAGCUUUAUUUUCUCUAUCUAUGUCAUGCAGUGGGAGGGAUCCGUGAAGUACGUAGGAGACGUGGGUUGCUUGCGAUUGGACCAUACGGGUCCUAGAUGGCUGCCCGCGAAGUGGGUUCGACCAUGGCUAGUCCGCGGUAACCCGGAGCAAUCACCGAGUGACUCGGAACGAUCGCAGGGCGCAAUCGAAGACGAAAACACUCCGGAUCUUUGUCUUCUUUUUGCUUAAGAUCAAAAUGUUUUGUAAAAUUGUUGCAUGCUUGUAUGUAUUGGUGUCCUCUGCUGCGGUCCCACGGGUAGACCCUCGCCAAAAUGUCUGGGUCACCUGGGCGAAUCAGACAGGACAGAAUAUCUUUUGUAUUUCUAUGGCCACCCCCUCGGAUCCCUUCCGUACAUGUUUAAUCGGGUAUCCGUAUUUGUUUCCACCCGAUUUUGUUUUGUAUGUUAGUAAUUAUACCCUGCUUAAGGAUGACAAUUCUGAUGUGCAGAGUCAGAAUCGAACCUGUCAAUUGUUGUCCCGCAAUAAUGAUCUUGAUGAACAAUGCCCGGGCGUGCUUGGGAAUAUGCUUCAGGGCCAUAUAAUUAAUAAUCUUAAUGUUUCCCUUGCUUUUCCCCCUCAAGAAUUGGAGGUACUGGGCUCUCUCCCGGGCCGACUUAGUAACACUGCUAAAUUGUCUUUAGGAUGCUUUGCUUUUGGAGGACAUAAUCCUGUUCUUCAUGCUACUUAUGGAUGGAAUUUUAGCGCUCACGCGUUUUUGGCCACCCAUAAUGUUACUCCCUCGGUUCCUUUUGUUCAAGGUAAUUAUUGUGAUAGUCAGGGCCCCGGUAUAGGCCUUAAGUUACAAGAAUGGGGAAUUUGGAAUAAUGGCAUGCCCAAGAUGCUUCCCCCAGGAUACUUUUUAAUCUGUGGGGAUAGGGCAUGGCAAGGUAUACCAAGUAACCCGAUUGGAGAACCAUGCUACCUUGGACGAUUAACACUAUUUGCACCUUCCCUGCGCCAGUUGAAUGAUAUUAAUGUUGCGUAUGCUCCUCGCAAUAAACAUUCUAUUAAUUCCUUUGCUCCCGACUGCAAGGACACCAUUGAAUUUUUAGACCCUGUGUCUCACAUUUUUGCAGCAUUUUUGGCUCCUGGAGUGGCUUCUGCUAUUGCUUUAAAUAAUCUAGAGAAGUUGGCAUGUUGGAGUAUUAAACAGUUUAAUUUAACUUCUGAAAUUAUAACUGCUUUAUUGCAAGAUGUAGACAGUAUACGACACGCUGUUUUGCAAAAUCGUGCUGCUAUUGAUUUUUUACUGUUGGCACAGGGGCAUGGAUGUGAGGAUUUCGAAGGCAUGUGUUGUAUGAAUUUGUCUGAUCAUUCUUACUCUAUUCAUGCCUUGCUUCAGCAGUUGCAGGCUAAUGUUAAUAAAUUGAAGUAAGUUGAUAACCUCCUGUGGGAUUGGCUUGCAAGCUUUGGUUGGCCCAGUUGGCUUGUAUCGUUAGCUCACACAAUUAUUAUUGUUUUGCUGGGUGUGUUAUUAUUAGUUCUUUUUGUUCCUUGUAUAAUUCAAUGUAUUCAACGCAGCUUGCAACGCCUUGUGGAUUCUGCAUUUUAUAAAAAGGGGGGAAUUGUGGGGAACUAUCGUGUAUUUUAGGACAAGAAUUGUAAAGUCAAUCUGGAAAAAUACUGAAAUCCUUGUAAUAGUCAUGUGACUGACUGAACUGUAGUUAACCUUGAAUUGUGAAGUAAAUAAAGCCAUUAAUGGUGCCCGUAUGUUUGCUGCUUUGUGCAUGCUAUGCGCGUGAUAUUUUUCCCUGGUCCAAUUAAAUGGCCAGUGUGUAUGAUGUCAGCCUGCAUGACUAGUGCUUAUGUAACCAGACUUAAUUAUAUAAGGGAG